AUGAAGCAAGCUGGACCACGACAACCACCGCAGAAGGCAAACGGCGCCAAACCUCCGAUCGUUAAACCGGUCGGCCAGCGCUCUGUCGCUCCUCGACCAGCAUCGCUGGAAGCCUUUCCCGAGCUACCGAAGCCAACGAGUGAGACCGAACCGUCUAGCUCAAACAAUCACUCAACAAGUCAGCCAGCUGCAAGCACCGCACGAACGGUGUCCCCCAGCCCACUGUUGCAAAUACAGCAGGCACGCAGCUCUUCAUCGUCGUCGUUGCGAACAACCACACAACCACAAUGCGCCGAAGUGGUAUUAGUGGAUAUAUUCAGAAAGCCUGUAAGCGCGAUUCGGUCGCAAAGCCGAACUGCCGGCAACGAAACAGAUGAUUCUUCGUCAUCGACAAGAAGUAGCCGAAGCCGAGGGCGUCCUCCCGGCAAGAAACAACGAUGCGACGACGGAGACGACGAGCGGGACGAGAACUACAAACCAUAA